AUACCAUGACUGGUUAUCUCAAAUUUCUACUGUUUUACAUAUUAAAUAUUAUACGACUAAACAAUGGAUUGACAUUUUUUCCUUGUGGGACAUAUUCAGUCGCCUAUGUUUCAUGAUUCUUGUUAGAAGGUUUGCUUCUGAAAUGAAUGGAGUUAUAAUGAUCGCAAUGCUUCGUUUAUGCUUGGCCAUGAUAUUCGUGUUAACUAUCUCCACCGCAUUACAGAAUGCCAACACUUCAUCUUCUCCUCAAGCCUUUGCUUUACACAACCCCCACAUGGAACGAAGGUUUUCUGUUGAUGGUGGUAAGAGAGACUUUGAAGCUCUACUCUCGUUUAAAAAUGGCAUUACAUCCGAUCCCAUGCGGGUGCUCUCCAAUUGGACUUCAACUAAUUCAGAAAACGUGUGCUUCUGGAUUGGUGUUUGGUGUAGGAAACAUACCAACAGAGUGGUGGCCGUAAUUCUCACUCAUUUGGGACUCAAAGGUAACAUUUCUCCAUCCAUAGGAGACCUCUCUCUGUUACGCACUUUAAAUCUCUCUUUCAAUUCUUUCACGGGAAGAAUUCCACCUCAGCUUGGCCAACUGAAAGCGUUAAGACUACUUGACCUUAGAAGAAAUGAAUUAGUGGGUUCCAUUCCCAAAUCUCUCGCCAAUUGCUCGCAGCUUCAGUGGAUCAGACUUCCGUACAACCACUUGACUGGAAGCAUACCUGCAGAAUUUGGGGUUCUGGGGAAGUUAGAGCAUCUCCGAUUGACCGCCAAUCUUCUCAGCGGAAGCAUUCCAGAUUCUCUGGGGAACUGUACUUCUCUUAUUGAUUUUAUCGUUGGCUUCAACUUUCUUACAGGGACAAUUCCAAAGACCAUAGGGGAGCUCAAAUCUUUGGAGCUUUUGUUUCCGGAUGUAAACAAUUUAACUGGACAUAUACCGCCUGAACUUGGAAACUGCACCUCUCUACAUAUGUUAAGCCUUGCUACUAACUGUCUCACAGGGACAAUUCCAAAAACCAUAAGACAACUCAAAUCUUUACAAAUUUUGUAUCUGUAUGAAAACAAUUUAACUGGGUCAAUACCAUAUGAGAUUGGUGAGCUCAAGAAUCUUUCUGAGAUUUUCAUCUACAAAAACAAUCUUUCAGAGGGUAUUCCUGAAAGCCUUGCUGGGCUGAUCUCACUACAGAAAUUAGAUGUAUCUGAUAAUCAGCUGACAGGAAGGAUUCCACCAUCCAUAGGAAACUGCAACCGUCUCACUGAUUUGGUACUGUCAAACAACAACUUCUUUGGAACAAUUCCACCAGCACUGAAUAACUGCACAGCCUUGAAGAGGUUGAAGCUGUCCAGCAACUCAUUUAAUGGAGAUCUGCAAAUCCAUUUCUCUUCUAUAGAAAUUCUGUCUGCUCAUUCUAAUAAUUUUUCUGUGACUCUGCCUGCAUCGUUGGGCAAUAGUCCAAACCUUACUCUUCUUGAUUUCAGCAAGAAUAGAUUGAAAGGUGAGCUUUCAUCACAUCCUCUUGAAAAUUGUCUACAGUUGAGGGUUAUAAGCCUUAGCUCUAAUGAGCUUAAGGGUGAUAUUCCUCUAUGGAUCACAAAUCUCAGCAGAUUGCAGGUGUUGGAUUUAUCCAACAACAAAUUUGGGGGAAGAAUUCCCUAUCAUUUGAAAUCCAUGAAGGGAUUUAGUGACCCUAAAGUUUCACAAGACAUGGGCAAUACACUCUAUGAGGAUAUACCAGAGAUCAAAAUAAAGGGAAAUGAGUAUAGACUAGAAUAUGUACUCGCAGCAAACACUAUACUGGAUCUGUCAAAUAAUAAUUUGAAAGGAGAAAUACCACCAAAUAUCGGGAGCCUAUCUCAACUGAGGUUGCUAAAUCUAUGUGAAAACCAGUUGGAAGGAAAGAUACCGCCAUCCUUAGGGCAAAUAGAACCUCUAGAGCAGUUGGACUUGUCUCGAAAUAAACUGAGUGGGGAAAUACCUAAGGAGCUGUCUAAUUUGUCCAAGUUGAGCUAUUGGAAUGUAUCCUCCAAUCGCCUCUGUGGGCCAAUACCUGGAGGAACACAACUUAUGACUUUUGAUGAGAGAUCUUACCAGGGAAACUUGGGAUGUUUAUGUGGGAAGCCUUUGCAAAGUUGCAAGCAGACUAAUAGUUCAAGUACAGUUCUUUCACCUUCGGAAAUGGUGGGUAAAUCAGUGUGGAGUAAACUGGGUGAACAGGUCUCUAUGAUUGCUGUGGGGUUGGGAUUUGGAAUUGGAGUUGGUGGAAUAAUAUCAAUAAUAGUGUGGUGGGACAGACUUGUGCGUUCCAUGAGGGGGCCGAAAAUAUGAAGCUUAUGUGUUGCUGUAGAUAGUUAUAAUUUGAACUUCAACCCUCACUACUCAUCUGAUAUUCUAAUAUAUAAUGUUUGUUUUGUAUAUUUGACAAAAGCAGUCAUCAAAAGUUUUAGUGGGUAAGAUGUGGUCCUAAGGAUGAUGGAGAUCAACCUUCUUAGGCAACUGCUCUAGCCACUUAGGUGGCUAUUUUAUGUUUCUGCUUUUCGGGUUUAAGUCUAUGUUGUUGUUCUUUUUAUUUAUCCAGACACUGUUCAUCUGA